AUGGCAUCUGAUCUCACGAGUCAGCUUGAACAUGCUGCAAUGUUGAUAGCAUCUCAAGAGCAAGAUGAAGAGCUCAUUCCAGACGGUCAGUUCUGCCGUAACAAAAAUUUUCUAAAGGGCGUGGAUCCAGAAAUAUGCAAGUAUAUCUAUGCUGUUAUGCUUUUGGAUCGCUCCGAGAGAGCAAAGCGAUUCUCCAUGGCAAGUGAGGAAGUCUUGAUGACGAGAGGUGUCGGUAACAAUACGUCUGGCUUGAAGGAUGCAGCUAUUCUGGGUGCUCUAGCUGUUUUCAACGUUCUCAAGAGUGAGCCUAUGAGAGGGGUCAUGGUCAGCAUGUUUGGGAGAGUUCUGCGGAGACAGUGGGAGGUUGCAAGUCCAGACAAUGAGAUUGAAGCUCUGGAUCGGGCUGUGGAAUAUCUUAGAAAAGCUGUGGAGUUUGGACCACGGGAUCAUUCAAACCGAGCAUUGCAUCUCGAUGAUCUUGGCGACAUUCUCACGCAAAGGUACAAAGUUUCCCACGAGCCGGUCGACUUUGAGGAUGCGAGUGCGGCUUUCCAUGAAGCGCUGGCGACAGACUUCCCCGGGAAGCCCAUCUUCUAUCUUGGCCUGGCAAAGCUACAGCAGGAAAGGGCAUUGUUCCAGGAAGAAGAGAAGGAAACCUUACUUCGUGAGAGCAUGACCACUCUGCAGCUUGCCGAAGACUCGGUCCCGAGCCAUUUCGACUCGACGCCUUUCAGAUACACCAUUGCAGAUAUCCAUCGCGCUCACGCCGCGUGUUUCGUUCACUUAUACGACCUGAACCAGGAUAUCGAGAAUCUUAGAAAGGCAAAGGCGUGUCUCAACAGAGGACUUGCAGUCUCAGAAGAAAAGCGUUCGAAAGACCGCUUUAACUGUCUCAUCAACUUGGCGUCGCUACAGCAGAAGCUAAAUGAAGAAGAGAACACACGAGACCCUUCUACUCAGAUCGGCUACUUGAGGCAAGCCCUCAGGGUUCAUCCAAACUCGGUAGAUGCACUAGAAGAGCUAGCGAAUGCACUUACUGAAAGGGCUGAGCAAAAUAGCCACCGGGAAACACAGAUAGAAGCAGAUAAGCUCAUCGAGCGGAUGAAUGAGCUAGAGAUCGUCGAUCCAUCACCGAAAACACCAGCACGACUGAUCAGAGACGCAGGUGCUCAUGAAGAGCAAUUCAGCAAGACCGGGCUCUUCUCGGAAAUCGACCUGGCUGUUAAGUGCUUACAAGAUGCCCUCGACCAUCCAGAUUUACAAGGUUACCAACAGAUCAAUUGCUAUCAACAACUCGCCAUAGCACUUCUCCUCAGGUUCGAAGCUAACGGCGACAAAGAUGAUCUCCGUAACGCGUGUCAAGCAAAUCUCGAUGUCUUGCCUUUUCUCAACGACCUCGAAGACCCGAUGAAAGCUCGAUGUUUGAGAGCUUCUGGGAGGGCGGCUUUUGUGUCGGCGCAGAUUCCUGGACAAGAGCAAUUCAUCGAUGGCGCUUUGACGGCACUCAUUGCAGCGAAGACAAUAGCCUCUCGGACGGAUCCCUUUUAUCUUACUGUCAUGAAUGAUAUCGGCAAUGCUUACGUCGUCAAAUGUCAAUGUACCGGCGAUGUCAAGUAUCUUUCACAGGCCACUGAAGCAUACCAGGACGGCCUUGAUGCUUCAAAGGAGCAGGGGUCUUCUGACGGUACUAUGAACAUCAUGUUGACUCAUGGGUUGGGGAAUACGGCCAUGUAUCAAUUCAAGUUCUCUGGGAGAUUGGAAGACAUCAACACGGCGAUCAAAGCUUUUGAGAGAUGCCUGGACUCAACUGGGCCUACCGAAGUUCGGGCUGGUUCUCGGACGAGAAGUCUCAGCCAUGCUCUUCAGCUCAGGUAUGACGACACCCAGGACGUGAAAGAUAUCAUCAAAGCUGGUCAAAUUGUCGAAGAGGUUCUAGGUAGGAAUCUCAAACUCCCACCAGUCGAAAUCUCGGCACUGCACAACAUGCUCGGAACAGCAUAUCUUCGUCAAUACCACCGAGCGGAAGAUCUGAGUCAUCUUGCUCAAGCCGAGAAGAACUUCAACGUAGCUCUCUCAUGUGGCUGCACGGAUAAGUUUUACUUAUUCUCGGCGCGGGUCAAUUUGACGCGCACGUUGCAGUACAGAGCUAAGAAGACACUCAGCCUGCGAGACCUUCGCGAUGCGCUUGUGAACUUCCAAGAGUGCAUCUCGAUGGGUGGCAUGGACGAUAUCAACCGUGGAAGCCUGCUUAUCAACCAAGCCGAGCUACUCAUCGCGAUCUGGACUGUCAGUCCAGCUCCACUGAGCACUCUGGCUGCAAAUGCAUACCUGAUCAUGAUGACUCAAUUCUCAUCGGCACCUGGUAUCGCUCGUCACGCAAUCGCGUGGAUGAAAGUCUAUGCAUCCAUGUUUGCGCAUGUGGUAGCCAAGGACUCGGCAGCUGCAAAGAACUAUAUCCGAGAAGCGGCUGAAGAUCUCCCCUUCGCAGUAUAUGCUUGUACCACGCGCGCUGAUCAAUUACGCCAAGCAAAGAAAUUCCAAGCCUUGCCGACACUUGCUCUUUGCUUUUCACUCGCCGCUGGAGAUCCAGUGGUUGAAGCGCUACAGCUAUAUGAGAGAAGUCGAUGUGUCUUGUGGGAGGAGAUUCUCAAUAAGGGUGCAGAUGCUGGCCUGGAUCAGUUGAGGGAAAACUUUCCAGAUCUCGCAACUCGUUUUCUUGAAGCGAGGGUCUCCGAGAAAGUCAGCGGCCAGCGAGCGGCGCGGUUCGACCUUGAUAAGAAGUUUCUCCAGAGUCAGACGGCUUACAACAAGUCCACUUCGUUUCAGGAGCUGAUAGCCGAGAUCAGAGGAAAAGAUGGGUUCCAGGAUUUCCUCAGGCUGCCCCGCAAUGACUCGCACUUUUAUGAACUUGCCGAGUCUGGUCCCAUCGUCAUUGUCGAGACGGAACCUCUGAGUGGUGGCUACGCUCUCAUCAUCACCACGACAGAUAUUCGGAAAAUCACACUUCCCAAAUUCACUGCCGACGAUAUCAGAGAGCACAAGCAGCUCUUUCGCGAGGCCAUUGAUAUGUCUAAUGACGGAGAUGGUGAGGGCGGUGAUCUUCUCCAUUAUCUACUUACAUGGCUCUGGGAAGUUGUAGCAGAACCCAUCCUACUCAAUCUGGGGUAUGAUGGUGUUCCUCAAAAUGGAGAUCUGCCGAGGGUCUGGUGGUUGACGACGAGUAGCAUUAAUGCUUGGCCCAUUCAUGCAGCUGGAGAUCAUCGACGGGCAGUAGAGACGGGAGAGCGCUGCACGGUACUCGAUCGAUGCGUCCCAUCGUAUACGAAUACCCUUCGCGGGUUGUCAUUUGUGAGGGAUCGGGAGAAAGAAAUGAUGCAAUUUAAUGGACAUCAGAAAGCGAUGCUAGUUAAGAUGGAGACAACAGAUCACCUUGCGCCGCUACAACAUGCCCCAAGCGAGAUCGACACUAUUGACACAAUUCUCACUGCCGGAGGAUACGACACCGUAAUCCAUGAUCGCCCAGUCCGGAAGGAGGCACUCAUGGGUCUACUCAACUCACAGAUCGCACACUUCGCCUGCCACGGCGAAGUCGACAACUUGAAUCCAGCACGGAGCGGUCUCCUCCUACGCGACUGGUACACCCAAAAUACAAAUGGCGAUAUUGCAAGAGGAAACGUCCUCGACGUGCAAAGCAUGAUGUCCGCGCCAAAGAAGCUCACCUGCUCUCUCAUCUAUGUAUCGGCAUGUGAGACAGCUAUUACAGGUGAUCCAAUGCUUCCGGAGGAAUCGAUCCAUCUUGCCGCUGGGUUCCAGAUGGCGGGUGUACCGUGUGUAGUAGCUAGCUUAUGGAAAGCAGAGGAUGAGACUUGUGGUCUUAUGUCUAAGGUCUUUUACGCUGAUUUGCUGAAAGGAGGGACCGGUGUUACGGGAGAUCGGUCUGCGAGGGCGUUGAGACAAGCUGUGCUGGAACAGCGGCAGGCUGGGGUUGAUCCGAGGUUCUGGGCAACUUGGGUCCAUUAUGGUCCCUGA